AUCUUUCUCUUCUUUUCUCUAAUUCGCAUUUGAAUUACAAAACAAAACCUCUGUUUGGAUACGCGUUAACUCUUAUCUUCUUCCAAGCUAAGCUUCCGCAUCAUGUCGGUCAAAACUGUCAAAGUCAGCAAUGUCUCUCUGGGAGCAACUGAGAGAGACAUCAAGGAGUUUUUUUCCUUUUCUGGUGAUAUUGAAUAUGUUGAAAUGCAGAGUGAUACUGAACGGUCUCAAAUUGCAUAUGUAACCUUCAAAGAUUCACAAGGAGCUGAGACUGCAGUUCUCCUUUCAGGAGCAACAAUUGUUGAUCUGUCUGUGACCAUAACUCCGGAUCCAGAUUAUAAGCUUCCUCCUGCUGCGUCGGCACCCCUUGGAACAGAAAAUAAAAAUGGUGGUGGUGAAUCUGCUUUCCGUAAGGCAGAGGAUGUGGUCAGUAGUAUGCUUGCUAAGGGUUUUAUAUUAGGCAAAGAUGCUGUCAACAAAGCAAGGACUCUUGAUGAGAAGCACCAAUUGACCUCAACAGCGUCAGCUAAAGUUGCUUCUAUAGACAAAAAAAUUGGGCUCAGUGAGAAGAUUAGCGUUGGCACUACUGUUGUGGGUGAUAAAGUCCGGGAAGUUGAUCAGAAAUUCCAGGUUUCAGAGAAAACCAAAUCAGCAUUUGCUGCUGCUGAGCAAAAAGUUAGUAGUGCCGGAUCUGCCAUAAUGAAAAACCGGUAUGUAUUCACUGGGGCAUCAUGGGUCACAGGGGCUUUCAAUAAGGUUGCAAAGGCUGCUGGCGAUGUUGGCCAGAAGGCGAAGGAGAAAGUGGGAAUGGCUGAAAUAGCUGAAGAAGAACAAAAAAGAAAAAUGGUGGAUGACUAUGCUCAGAUUCACCUAUCUGAGUCUCCAAAAGCAUCGGUGGAACCAAGUGAGCAGCAGCCUUCCAAGCCAGGACCUCCACCCGCGCAAGGUUUGGUCCUCUAGUUUGUAUAUAAAGGUAGAACUUUUGAAACUCUUGAUUUACUUUUUUUGUUAUACUUUUGAGAGUGAUGAAUGUAGGACAGAUUGUCAACAUUAUAUGGAUAUGCUUGAAUUAAUGUUUUGACUUUU